ACCCCGGGAGGAGAAGAACAUGGCUCCCGCGGCGGAGGGCAGCGCCGCUCCGGGGCGCGCUGGGCGCCAGUGAGCGCGAUGGUGAACUCCAGCCGCGUGCAGCCGCAGCCGCCCGGGGACGCCAGGCGCUCGCCCGCACCGCGAGCGUCCGGCCCGGGCCGGCUGAUGGCGGGGGGCGCCGGCCUGGCGGCCCCGGGCGGCCUCCGGGAGCAGCGGGGCCUGGAGAUCGAGAUGGAGCGCAUCCGGCAGGCGGCCGCGCGGGACCCCCCGGCCGGAGCCUCGGCCUCCCCGUCUCCGCCGCUCUCGUCGUGCUCCAGGCAGGCGUGGAGCCGCGAUAACCCGGGCUUCGAGGCCGAGGAGGACGACGACGAGGAGGAGGAGGUGGAGGGAGAAGAAGGAGGCAUGGUGGUGGAGAUGGACGUGGAGUGGCGCCCGGGCAGCCGGAGGUCCGCCUCUUCCGCGGCCGUGAGCUCGGCGGGCGCCCGCGGCCGGGGGCUGGGCGGCUACCGCGGGCCCGGUCACCCGAGCGGGAGGCGGCGCCGGCUGGAGGACCAGGGCGCGCCGUGUCCCAGCCCCGCGGGCGCCGGGGACCCGCUGCAUCGCCACCUCCCGCUGGACGGGCAGCCGCCCCGGGUGGCCUGGGCCGAGAGGCUGGUUCGCGGGCUGCGAGGUCUCUGGGGAACUCGGCUGAUGGAGGCGAGCAGCGCUGACCGCGAGAAGUACCUGAAAAGUGUGCUUCGGGAGCUGCUCACCUACCUCUGCUUCCUCAUCGUCCUGUGCGUUUUGACCUAUGGGAUGAUGAGUGCCAACGUAUACCAUUACAGCCGAGCUCUGUCAAGGCUCUUCAUAGACACCCCAGUGUCCGACACAGAGAAAACCACCUUUAGAACGCUGUCCUCCAUGGAGGACUUCUGGAAGUUCACAGAAGGCUGCCUCCUGGACGGGCUGUACUGGAAGGCACGCACCGGCGACCACACGAGCGCCGACAACCGAAGCUUCAUUUUCUACGAGAACCUGCUGCUCGGGGUGCCGCGCCUGCGUCAGCUCAGGGUCAGGAACGGCUCCUGCUCCAUCCCGCAGGACCUGAGGGGCGAGAUCAAAGAGUGCUACGAUGUCUACUCGGUCAGCAGUGAGGACAGGGCUCCGUUUGGACCUCGGAACGGAACCGCGUGGAUCUACACGAGUGAGAAGGACUUGAAUGGGAGCAGCCACGGGGGCAUCAUUGCAACUUACAGUGGAGCAGGCUAUUACUUGGAUCUGUCGAGAACGAGGGAGGAGAGCGCUGCGCAGAUCACAGGCCUCAGGAGGAACUUCUGGCUGGACCGCGGGACACGGGCAACGUUCAUUGACUUUUCAGUGUACAAUGCGAACAUCAACCUGUUCUGUGUGGUCAGGUUAUUGGUUGAAUUCCCAGCGACGGGCGGUGUGGUGCCCUCUUGGCACUUCCAGCCUGUGAAGCUGGUCCGCUACGUCACCGCAUUCGAUUUCUUCCUGGCUGCCUGUGAGGUUAUCUUCUGUGUCUUUGUUCUGUACUAUGUGGUGGAAGAAAUACUGGAAAUCCGGAUCCACAGACUGCACUACUUCAGGAGCUUCUGGAACUGUCUGGAUGUUGUGAUUGUUGUGUUGUCCGUGGUAGCUGUGGCAAUCAGCAUUUGCCGAACAUCAAAUGUGGAGGGCCUACUGCAGUUUCUUGAGGACCAAAAUACUUUCCCCAACUUUGAGCAUGUGGCAUACUGGCAAAUACAGUUCAACAAUAUAGCUGCUGUCAUGGUAUUUUUGGUCUGGAUUAAGCUCUUCAAGUUCAUCAGUUUCAAUAGGACCAUGAGCCAGCUCUCCACAACCAUGUCCAGAUGUGCCAAAGACCUCUUUGGUUUCACCAUUAUGUUCUUCAUUAUCUUCUUGGCGUAUGCUCAGUUGGCAUAUCUGGUCUUUGGCACGCAGGUUGAUGACUUCAGUACCUUCCAAGAAUGUAUCUUCACUCAGUUCCGCAUCAUUCUGGGUGAUGUCAACUUCGCAGAGAUUGAGGAAGCCAACCGAGUUUUGGGACCACUUUAUUUCACUACAUUUGUGUUCUUUAUGUUCUUCAUUCUUUUGAAUAUGUUUUUGGCCAUCAUCAAUGAUACUUACUCUGAAGUGAAAUCGGAUCUGGCUCAGCAGAAAGCAGAAAUGGAACUCUCAGACCUUAUCAGAAAGGGCUACCAAAAAGCACUGGUCAAACUCAAACUUAAAAGAAAUACAGGAGAUGACAUUUCAGAGAGGCUGCGGCAAGGCGGGGGCAAGCUGAACUUUGAUGAGCUUCGACAAGACCUGAAAGGGAAGGGCCACACAGAUGCAGAGAUUGAGGCCAUCUUCACUAAAUACGACCAGGAUGGCGACCAGGAGCUGACCGAACGUGAACACCAGCAGAUGAGGGACGACUUGGAGAGGGAGAGGGAGGACCUGGACUUGGAACAUAGCUCCUUGCCGCGUCCCAUGAGCAGCAGAAGCUUCCCUCGAAGCCUGGAUGACUCCGAGGAGGAGGAUGAUGAAGACAGUGGGCAUAGCUCCAGGAGGCGGGGGAGCUUCUCCAGCGGGGUUUCCUAUGAAGAGUUCCAGGUACUGGUGAGGCGCGUGGACCGCAUGGAGCACUCUAUCGGCAGCAUCGUGUCCAAGAUCGACGCUGUGAUAGUCAAGCUUGAGAUCAUGGAGCGGGCGAAGCUGAAGAGACGGGAGGUGCUGGGGAGGCUGCUGGACGGAGUGGCUGAGGAUGCGAGGCUGGGUCGUGACAAUGAGAUCCACAGGGAGCAGAUGGAGCGCCUUGUACGGGAAGAGUUGGAACGCUGGGAAUCGGAUGAUGCAGCCUCCCAGACGGGUCAUGGUCUGGGCACACAAGUGGGACUCAGUGGCCAGCCUCACCCCAGGAGCUCCCGGCCGCCUUCCUCCCAGUCUGCAGAUGGCCUGGAAGGUGGAGGUGGAAAUGGAAGCACCAAUGUCCAUGUGUAAAAACCCACAUGUGUUUGUAUGUGUGUUCCUGAGACAAGGAGAGGUGGUUGUCCAGCAUGGCAAUGACAAUGACAGUAUUUAUAUGCCCAGCUACAUUAUGAUGCUGGUCUUUGUGACCAAUUGUUUUCAUUUUCUGCACUUUAAUUUAUUUACAUAAACUUUACCCAUGGUUCAAGGACGAUUGUUAUACUUUUUUCUCACAGGAGAAAUCUAGAUGUAAAUAUUGAGUUCAAAAAAACGAAAACUUUGAAAGUACGCCCAGUUGUGCCCUGCCCGCGCUCUCAGGUGGUGGCGUUUAGAAGUCAGGGGGGAGCCUGGGCUCCAAGUUUGCAUGGAGCCGCAGCAGCAGUCAGCAGUGGCUGUCCCGAGCCAUGAUUUAAGGAAAAGCCAGGCAUUUCUCUCCACUGAGGUGCAACUCGGGGCUCAGUGCAAAAUUUUCUUUGAGAAAGGACCUUUCAGUGAUCUUUCUUGAGUGCAGGUCAUGAGUGUGUAGCCUUUGUGCCAAAGUGUGUAUGGAUGUUUGUGACAGAUGCCAAGUGUCCUUUUUGCUGUUACUUUUUCAGUUUGGGGUGGGGGGGACUAAGCGUAUCAUUUAAUUUUUGUAUUAUUUAGCUUUUGUUUGAAAUUUGGCAAGAAAAUCCCGAAAGAUAAAUUAUAGGAUAAAAUGUAGGAUUGGAAGGACCUUAAACUGUCACCAAGUUUGACAAAUAAUUCUUCAAUUAUUUGUUAGCAUAGAAAUUUCUGCAUUUUUCUUUCCCGUGUGUCUCAUUUACAACUGAAUUUAAAAUUAAAAUAACGAAUGAGACAGACACUGAGUAUUUUGGUAUGCAAUGGAAGUUUUACAUCAGCAAAUAUGUACGUGUGAAGCAGUAUUUUAAGGAAGUUUUAAAAUGCAUAAAAACUCUGUAAAAGUAAAGGUUUGGUUCAUGUUUUAUCUAGAAUAUAGUUUUCAAAUAUUCUUAAUCUUAUAUUUCAGAAUGAAAUCAUAUUAUUUCAGAAUGAAAUUAUAUAAUGAAAAAUCAGUUCGCUUUCAUGUGAGGGGCCUUUGGUCAUAAGGGUGGAUCCAUGAUUAGAAGGGAUAAGCUGAAAGUUGACCACAGCAGUGAUUUUCCUUGGGAAAGGGUCUCACUAUUUAUGGGGGAAAUUAUUUCUCAAUUAUCUUUUUGUUUGUUUGUCAAAGAUAGGGUCUCACUAUGUAAUCCUGGCUGCCCUGGAACUAACUGUAAACUAGGCUGGCCUCAGACUCACAGAGAUCCUCCUGCUCUCUCUGCCUCUUAAGUGCUGGGAAAGGGCAUGUGUAACCACACCAGGUUAAAAGAGUGUUCUUAAAAAGUGUUGAGUAGCCUGGCCUUUUGAGAGCCAAGAGGAUAAGAAGAAACAAAGCCAAGCUUUGUUCUGGUAGAGAAAGUAGCAGGUAGAAGAGAAUCUUGGGUUUAGUGCUGUACUUUAGGUUCACAAGAAUUCAUUUACUUCCUAGAAUAGAUCAAACCUCCAACAAAAAUGCUGAGCAGACAGGCCUUUCUAGGUCAGCCUCGGAAGAACUGAAGCGUGCCGAGUUACCUUAAUUCUGAUGGCUCCAUGUCUAUUUUAUUCUCUUUUGCAUAUGGUACAAUAAAUUUUUUCUCCCUAGGUAUUGGAUUUUGCAUUCCAGGGGAAAUGUGUGUAUGUAUUUAUGUAUGUGUACUGUGUUGUUACAGGUAAACAAACUUCAACUUGAAGUGCAUUCAUUAUGUGGUAUCCAUAUGCAUUGACCAUGUGCCAUGUUUAUUAUGGUCAAGAGGACAUCUUGCUAUGAUGCUUAUUACUAUACUGUUUUUCAUUUAACUUGUAAAAUUUUGCAGAAUUCUUCCCCCCCCUUUACAUAUAAGUUCAUAUAUUUUUCUACUUUAGUCCUGGGAAACUCAGUUCUAAUGUCUUUUCUAUUAUUCUCCCCUCUGUAAUAGGUAUAAUUAAGAUAUUAUAUACAGGGUUAUUUUGACAAUCAACAGUUUCCUAACUGUAAUAAUGUGUACAUUACUUAAUAAAAGAAUUGGCAUAGUA